AGAAAACUAAAAAAAAGAUCUAAUUAGUCUUGUUCAUUUGGGGUUUUAAUUAUCAUUUUUUUUAAGCUUUGGAGAAGAUGAGAAUGGAGAUUGAACUUUUAAUGGAGUUUAUUUUUGUGGUGUUCUUGUACUUUUUGGAUAUUAAGUAUUAUUUAUUUUAUCUUAAUUGUUUUUUUUUUGUGUUUGUUUGUUUUUAUAGCUGUAUUUCAGGAACUAAAGUUCCAAAAAUUCCAACGGUUACUUUUUCAAUUUAAUUUUGCUUUUUUUUUUGCUCUAGUUAACCUCAGGUGAGUUAAAGUUGAGUUAACUUGCCGGAUUCUUGUCAUCAGGUACCAAAGGAUGAAAAAAAUAAUUAUAGGUCCUGAAUAAUGAAAAACGUGAUAAUUUGGGUCCUCUUUGUACCCUUAACUCCCCCUAGUUAUAACAGCUGGGACUACGUUUCUCUUCGAGGACCCCGCUCCUCCAACUUAAACAUGCACUCUUGGUAAGCUGAAACCUGAAAUCUGCUAAUUUGCAACUCUGAAAGUUGAGGUUGGCACAGUGAGUGGGUUAUUCCAGAGAGAAGAAAAGGCGAAGGAGCAAAGUGUAGUUGUGAUGGAUGAAGAAAUGGAAACUAAAACAGGAGGAAUAGGAGGUGUUGAAAAGGCAAAACCAGAUGUAGCUCCACCUGAGAAUUCCAACCAGAAGAAACGCAUUGAUUCUCUUGACAUUUUUAGAGGCUUCACUGUUGCUCUGAUGAUAUUGGUAGAUGAUGCUGGAGGAGAAUGGCCAAUGAUUUCACAUGCACCAUGGAAUGGCUGCAACCUAGCUGAUUUCGUUAUGCCUUUCUUCUUGUUCAUCAUUGGCAUGGCAAUUCCUUUAGCUCUAAAGAGGAUACCAAACAAGAUUAUGGCUAGCCGAAAAGUAAUCUUCAGGACCCUCAAACUUCUAUUUUGGGGCAUCCUCUUGCAAGGAGGGUACUUUCAUGCUCCUGACAAGCUGACAUAUGGAGUUGACAUGAAAAGAAUAAGAUGGUGUGGAAUUCUUCAGAGAAUUGCACUGUCGUAUCUGGUUGUAGCCUUUCUGGAGAUUGCAACUAAAACCUCUCAAGCCACAACCCAGUUAGAUAGCCGUUUCUCUGUAUUUAAGUUAUACUGCUGGCAGUGGGUGACUGGAGCAUGCAUUCUUGUUAUUUACUUAUCGGUGCUCUAUGGAGUAUAUGUCCCAGAUUGGCAGUUCAGCGUUCAGACUUCAGAGAGCCCUGAUCAUGGAAGAAAUUUCACUGUGGCCUGUGGUGUGAGAGGAAAAUUAAAUCCUCCUUGUAAUGCAGUUGGAUAUGUUGAUAGAAAGUUGCUGGGUAUUAAUCAUGUGUAUCAGCAUCCGGCAUGGAGGAGAUCUAAGGAUUGCACAGCAAACUCUCCGUUUGAGGGGGCUCUUCUAGAAAAUGCUCCAUCCUGGUGUCAUGCACCAUUUGAACCAGAAGGAAUUUUGAGCUCAAUAUCCGCCAUACUUUCAACAAUCGUUGGAGUACAUUUUGGCCAUGUGCUUAUUCAUAUAAAGAAUCACACUGACAGGCUGAAGCAUUGGGUUUCAAUGGGUCUUGCCCUCCUUAUCGUGGGACUCUUGCUUCAUUUCACCAACGCAAUCCCUUUGAACAAGCAACUAUAUACAUUCAGCUACGUGUGUGUGACAUCUGGUGCAGCAGCCUUUGUAUUUUCGGCCUUCUAUUUGCUGGUUGACGUAAUGGAUACGAAAUUCUUGUUUCUCCCAUUCAAGUGGAUUGGCAUGAACGCUAUGCUUGUCUUUGUCAUGGCUGCUGAGGGUAUUUUUGCAGGAUUCAUAAAUGGGUGGUACUAUCACGAUCCUCAUAAUACACUGGUAUAUUGGACCAAAAAACAUGUUUUUGUAGGAGUGUGGCAUUCCAAAAGAGUUGGCAUCUUAUUGUAUGUGAUCUUUGCUGAAAUCCUGUUUUGGGCUGUUGUUGCUGGCAUUUUGCACCGGCUCAAGAUAUACUGGAAGCUCUAGUCUUUAUGUUAUUACUAGCUUUCUAAGCACACGAUGCGUGUGAUGACAAUUUUUUCAUUAUGAUACUUCGUAAUGUCGAGUAGCUAUUUUUACAUGCACACAAUAUAUGUAGCGACAACUUAUUAUAAUAGUUUAAGUUGACAAUUUUUUUCAAUAAAGGCUAUGUUCUGUUCGACUUA